AUGUUUAAUGUGCUAACUUACGCUACCAGCUAACGAGGCUGUGGUAGCACUAAAUGGAAGCUGAUUUCGCUUUAAUAUGGUCGGUAGUUUUCCACAUUUAAACGCCUCAACAGUGUAAGGAAUGUGAUCAGUGGUAGUGUUAACGUUAUCGGUGUCUUUUGGUGUGUCGCCUGGCUGGGUAGUGGCUAACGUGUCAAGCUAGCUCCAUAAAGUGAGCCCACAUCUCCACGUUAGCAGACCGAGCCCCAUGCGGCCGUUGCGGCUCGGUUGUCACUCGUUUGCAUGGCAACCGUGGAGCUUAUCGAUGUGUAGGGUGGUGACAAGCAGCGGCAGGUGAGACAGGCUGCUCCCACAAAGGCCUCUGGAUGCAGUGUCUCCUGCGGCUCAGGUGAAAGAGGACGAGCAGGUUGUCAGCAUGAAGGAGGAGAAUCUAUUCCAGCGGAGGUUUUCACUUUGCCCCAAUGCCACCUCCCCGCCCAAAAUUGACCCCCGCUCCCUCACCCGGAACCUGUCUUAUGGAGGAGACAACGACCUCUGUAACCUCAGCCCAGGCAGUGACACAGACAGGAACGGCCUCUCCAUGCUGAGUAAUGAACUUAGUCCUGCCCAAUCACCAGGCAGCAAGUCUGAGUCCAGGAUGUUUAAUGGAGUUGAGAAGGACUGCCCCUCCCCAACAGAGAAGCUGGCCAGGAAGGAGUCUCUUAAGGUCCAAAAGCAGAAUUACAGGCAAGAGAAGAAACGGGCUGCCAAGGAGCUGUUUAGCGCACUGAAGGACCCCAGUGUUGUCAUUAUGGCUAACUGGCUAAAGAUUCGUGGCUCUCUAAAAAGUUGGACCAAGCUAUGGUGUGCCCUGAAGCCUGGAGUUCUUUUGAUCUAUAAGACCCCAAAAACAGACCACUGGGUUGGCACCAUCCUGCUCAGUGCAUGCAAGCUGAUUGAGAGACCCUCAAAGAAGGACGGCUUCUGCUUCAAGCUCUUCCACCCGCUCGACAAAUCCAUCUGGGCAGUCAAGGGUCCCAAAGGAGAGAACGUUGGCUCCAUCACGCAGCCUCUACCCAGCAACUACCUGAUCUUCAGAGCAGCAUCUGAGUCUGACGGUCGGUGCUGGAUGGAUGCCCUGGAGCUGGCUCUCAGCUGCUCCAGUCUGUACAAGCUGACAGCCAAAGCAGGGAGAGAGGCAGAUAUCAGCACGUCUUCAGAGUCAUCCCAUAUACUCCACCUGCUGCAGUCCACCCAGCUCACCGAAUCAGAGCUGUUACAGUUGAAUGAAACAGUGCUGCUGGGCAAUCACCACAUGGAGCAUGACGGUUUUUCUGACAAAUCAGAGCGGGAGGCUCAUGAUGACUGGGACACUACGGCUAACGAGAACGGUGGAAGGCUGACAGAGGAGAGCGACAUGGACCAAUCAGACGAGCUGUCGCCCGGCCCACAGGCCACAGCCUAUGUAGAGCAGAGCACAGAGGAGAUGGCUGAGGCUGGGGAGGCGUCUCAGGUAGAGACGGUGUCAGAGGAGAACAAGGGUCUGAUCUGGAGCUUGCUGAAGCAGCUUCGGCCGGGUAUGGACCUUUCCAAGGUGGUGCUGCCCACCUUCAUCCUGGAGCCUCGCUCUUUCCUUGACAAGCUGUCUGACUACUACUACCAUGCCGACCUUCUCUCACAAGCUGCACUGGAGGAGAGUGCAUAUGGUCGGAUAAAGCAGGUGUUGAGAUGGUACUUGUCUGGUUUCUACAAGAAGCCUAAGGGUCUGAAGAAACCUUACAACCCGAUCCUUGGAGAAACAUUUCGCUGCUGCUGGCUUCAUCCUGAAACUGACAGCUGCACAUUCUACAUAGCUGAACAGGUGUCCCACCAUCCACCCAUCUCUGCCUUUUAUAUCUGCAAUAGAAAAGAUGGUUUCUCCAUCAGUGGGAGCAUCCUGGCCAAGUCAAAAUUCUACGGUAACUCUCUGUCAGCCAUUCUGGAUGGAAAAGCUAGGCUGCUGUUCCUGAGCAGGGAUGAGGAGUAUGUCAUCACUAUGCCCUACGCCCACUGCAAAGGUAUCCUGUACGGCACCAUGACACUAGAGCUAGGAGGGAAGGUUACUAUUGAGUGUGAGAAGACAAAGUGUUUCACUGAGUUAGAGUUCAAACUCAAGCCUUUCCUUGGAGGCCCCUGCUCUGUGAAUCAGAUCAGUGGGAAGAUUUAUGUUGGAGAGGAGCUGCUGGCUACAGUUGAUGGACACUGGGACAGUGAAGUGUUCAUACACGAGAAACGUUCGGGCCAGCAGGAGACGUUGUGGAACCCGAGCUCUGACAUUCGCAGCAGCCGACUCAAAAGACAAGUGGUACAAGUAGAACAGCAGGGAGAGUUUGAGUCUGAAAGACUGUGGCAGCAUGUAACCAGUGCCAUCAUGGACCGGGACCAGCUAAGGGCCACCCAGGAGAAGUUUGUGCUAGAGGAAGCUCAGCGGAGAGAGUCCAGGGAGAGAGGAGACAAACCCUGGACCUCCAAACUUUUCCAACAGGACCUCGUCACCUCUGAGUGGACCUACAGGCACAUGGACUUGCAGCCGUGGGACCCUGAGCGCUCUCUGGUUCAGUUUGAGAAGGACGGAGUGAUUCAGACGCAAGAGAAGAGCCAGAGGCAGCACAUUGGACUCUCCUACAGCCACAGCUGGACCAGCCAACAGAAGGCUGAGGUGAAUGGGAAACGCAGAAAGGCGAGCAGCCAGCCGUCCAGCUGCAGCCAGAACACGGAGAGCAGUAGCACCACACCGGAGCCCACACACGAGUCCUCGGACAAUGAAGGGUUCUCUAACCAGUGUGCACGGUGCAGUAAAGAGACGAAGGACAUCGCUCUGAUUGAGGCCUCAAUCACAUCCAUACAGAAGACACAGCAGGACAUCCAGAGGAACCUGGUUGCUCUGAGUCGUCAGAUGGCACGUCAGAGGGCGUCAGAGGAUGGGGUCUCAUUGACAGGCCGUCACUGUCUUAUCCUCUGCGUCGUCCUCCUCUCACAGUUACUCCUCAACUACGUCUUCACCUGAGCCCGCUCCUCAAGAAGAGUUCCCCUCCGACACUGAUCUGUCACAACAUCCCUCCAAAAAGCACAGACUCCAAUCAGCAGACGAGGGCAGAAACCUCAGAUCAGUGCUAGGAGGGCACAUUUUUCCUCUUUGUUUCCUCUGGGAGGGGAGGAACACGGACAUUUAAAGCAAUAAACACAGCCACAGCCGCCGCCUGUCAGUCAUCUGCAGAGAGGAAUGGCAUCCCCUAGUGUAGCCAGACUGAAACAGCACCGGCACCCAUGCACUUUGGACAGGAAGAGGAAGGAUGAGUGACCAGCACGGCUCAAAAGUUUCAAAAUAAAAGAUGAAAUGAAUGACAGUGAUGAAGAAUGAUUUUGCAAAAAGAAAUGACAGAUAGGAUGUCUCACCAUUCCUUAGUGUCUUUUUUUAUAUUGCCCUGCAAUACUUUUGUGUCUGUUUGUGUGCCUGUAUGUGUGUUUUCUUCGAACCUGCAGCACAUUAGGCCCUAUAGGUGCAGGCAGAACCCCACCUGGAUGUCUCCUACACCCCAUCCGCUCCAGAUUUCUGGGCCUUAACGCUAAAGCCAAAAAAGAAGAAGAAGAAAAACAAACAGAAGGAAAAUCUUCCAACAGUGCAAUUCUGUGUGUUUUGUAUCACGUACGCUUGAACACACACUGUCUCGUCUUUUAAUGAUGAUAACUUUACCAAAACAGUAUUUAUAAUCUGGGAGGACAAAGAGUACUUGUUUACAGGGAGCACUGUGUGUGUUUGUAGUGACACAUAAGAAGAGAGGAGGCAGGGCAGAGAGCCAAACAGAGUGUCUUUGUAUUUGUGUGCCUGUAGUGCUGUAACUGAACGGAUAAUAGCUUAGCACUGCUGUGGUGUAGACCAUGACACUAGUGUGUACAAUCAGUUACGUACAGAAGCAACAAGAGGAGGGAGAGAUGGAGGAAAGAGUGAAAACAAGAAGACAAAAAUGAGUACUUUGGUCUAAUGGAAUGAGGUUGUGUGUGUAUCUUGGUCCACACCGUGUUUAAGUGACUGUUUAAAGAUGUAAACACUUAGCAACGAGUUGUUUGUUUUGUCUUUUAAUCAAACUGUAUAUAUUUGUCUGAACUUCUGUGUUUCAAAAAGAGAUUUCAGAAUGUAUUUAUUGGGUGAUUAACCUUGACUUUCCUAAUCUGAUUCAGCUUGGAGGAUGGAGACCAGGGCUGACAAUCGCUCUCCCAGUGAUGUGUGUGUUAGUUGUAUUUGUGUGUGCGAGUGUGUGUGUGUGUGUGAGUGUAAGGGAGCACAUGUGUGCGAGUAAGCCAUUAUGGUUGAGCUAUAAAAAAAAAAAGCCAGAUCUGUGAUCUUGGCUUUUACCAGUAUGUAACCCUUGAGUUUCAGUCUCCAUUGCCAGUCUCUCUGAUUGAGAGAGGUGAACACAAGAAGGAAGUCGACUCUUUGAAUGCUUUUAUUUACACUUCAAUUUGUUCAUUCUUUCAUUCUUUUCCUGUUUUUCUACUCUACUGCCAUGUUGUGGGACUGUACAUGCCAGAUAUUUUGUCAUGAUACUACAGAAAACAUGAACAUUUUAACCCUG